AAUUUAAUAAAUGGUUGAGAAGACCAACAAGAAGAAAACCGGUGGUCAGCCGCCGGAGAAUGGCGGCAGUGGCGGCGGCAAGAACAAUGUCAACACCGUGGUGUUGAAGGCUGACUUGCAUUGUGAAGGAUGCGUUCACAAAGUGUUGAAGUGCAUUCGCUCGUUCGAUGGUGUGGAUGAUGCUAAUAUCGGCGACGGGCAGCGGAUCACGGUGGUGGGGAAGGUGGAUCCGGCGAAGCUCCGGGAAAGGGUGGAGGAGAAAACCCACAAAAAAAUCGAACUCGUUUCGCCGACGCAAAACAAAAAAGACGACAAUAAAAAUGAAGGUAGUAAUAAAUGUAAAGAAAAUAGCGGCAGCGCCGCCGACAAUGCAAAACAAGACAAGUGCAAAGAAGACGACAAAAACUCGAAAAAUAAAAAUUCCGACGAGAAAAAGUCCAAGCAAAAAGAGAUUCCUGUUUCGACGGCGGUGCUGAAGGUGCAUUUACACUGCGAGGGUUGCAUACAGAAGAUCUGUAAACUGGUCACCAAAACAAAAGGGUACCAGGAUGUGAAGGUUGACCGGCAGAAGGGGAUGGUGACGGUUACCGGCGCCAUUGACAUGAAGGGAUUAGCCCAAGUGCUGAAGAAGCAUCUCAAGAGGGAGGUGGAAGUUACGCCGCCGCCGCAGAAGAAGGAGGCUGAGAAGAAGGAGAAUACCGGCGGCGAUAAGGGGAAGGCUGGCGGCGGCGAUAAGGUAAAGAGCGGCAAUAACAAGGCGGACAGUGGCGGCGGCGGGGAUAAGGUGAAGAGCGGGAGUAGCAAGGGGGAGAGUGGAGGCGGAGGAGACAAGGUGAAGAGCGGCGGCGGAGAUGGCGGUGGAAAUGGUGGCGAGAUGGGUGCCGGCGGGGAGAAGGUGGAAGGGAAUAAGAUUCAGUUUCAAGUCGGGUACCCGUACCCGUAUACAUACGAACCGGGUGUUAUUGACCAGUUCCAUUAUAAUAUGUACGCAUUUGGGCCGUACCACGGCCCUCAAAUGUUUAGUGAUGAGAAUCCAAAUGCUUGUACUAUUAUCUGAUCCACUGUGUAACUAGUAAAAAUAAAUAAAUAUGAGUAUUUAUGUUUUUUAUGGACAAAUUAA